UUAGUUCUUCGGUCAUUGUACGGUAGAAUUUGCUUUACAGAUCAUUGGUGCCGAGUACCGUCCUUUUCUUUUAAUUGUCCGCAUAGUCACAAAUGAUUUUUGCAACCAAAAAUUGAGCAAAAGAUCUGCGUGAGUACUCUGUUUUUGGUAGCUUAGCAACGAAGAGAAAAGGAUCAGGUGAAGAGUAAGCAACACCCAUGGAGGGCAUGGAAUGGAAGGGAUGCGUGUAUAGGAUUAGGAAGUGCGUCUUUGAUCUCCUGUCAAUGGAAGAAGAUCUGAUCGAUGACGACGAAGACACAUGGGAGCUCAUGGGAAGCAGUCUUCGCCUCAAGUCCACCUUCUUGUACUGUGACCUCAACCAGGUAAUCUCAAGAGCAAAAGACGAGCGCAAGAAGUUCCUCACUGACCUCGCCAAUAAACUCUUCUGCUACAUGGAGCAACUGGAUCAUGCUGUUAAGAGCCGAAGCAUCUCCCUGACACAGAUUCGUUACAACGACACAGCUCAUGUGUUACAGGAAGUCAUGGCUGCUCUCGUGCCUUCUCUCUAAAAACUAAAGUUGACUUUUUGAGCAUGCUAGCAUCUUGCAGGGAAGUAGGAAGCAAGAGGAGCAGCUUUAUGUUCAAAACAAAUAUCCUCUCUCUUUUUGUUUUGAUUUUGGAGCUCUUUUCCCUGUUUACAUCUGCAUUGACAGCAUGUUGGUACUGUAAAUAUCCUGUAUGGAUCCAAAAUGAAAGAAGAGAAGAAAUAGAUGCCUGUUUUGGUUCUUCAUUUCA